AUGUCUCCCUUCUCGCUGGCGCUGGCAAGAGGGGAACCAGUGCAAAUCCACAGCCUGCAGGUUCCCAGCCCCCCCGAAUCGCGGCGGGGGGGCGAAGUUUUGCCCGCGACAGAAGAAAAGUUUUUUUCUGCGCCUUUGGAGCAUGCUCCGACGGAACCGCCUCCCCCGCCUCGCUGCUCUCAGGGGGGAGGUGAGUUGGCUCCACCGCCCGAGCCGGAGCCGCGGGCCCCACCCCAACCCGCCCCGCAGGAGGUGCCAGUCCCCGCGGCCCCUCCCGCGGCACCGCCUCAGCCCGGACCGGACCCGUCGCCUCCAGCGGAGUUUGUCGGCGUUCCCGUGGCAGAAGCACCGCCUCCCGGGGCUUCGCCCGAGUUGCUAGGCGACACACUCGACAGCAAUCGCCAAGAGCUCGCGACUGCGCUGCCGCUCCCGAAGCAAAGUGAGACAACAGUGCAGGCGGCACCGGUGGGCGCCGGCCCCGCGCCCCUGCCGCCCCCCGCGGCUGUCCCGCCGCCUCCCGUGUCGGCUCCGCCGGCUUUGCUGUCUGCGCCCGCGCUGCAGCUUCCGGUACCCGGAGAAGACGCGGCUGCUGUCCCCAGCCCGGCGGGGGUCGAUGCCGCGCUGCCCGCGCCGGUCGAAUCCGCGUUCGACCCUCCAGCAGAGCCCGUGAGGGCUCCGAGCGCGGCGGCUCCGCCUUUGCCUGCCACGCCAGUGGAGGAGGCUGAGGUUGAGAACCACCAAACAGAACCAUCAUUGGAGUCGCCCGUGGCCCCGCCGCUCCCCGCGGCGGCCACCGCGGCGCCUGCGAUCAGCCUGGAUUCCCCCCCGAGCUUUUCGGGCUGUCCCGAGGCUGCCCCUGCGGGGGGAGCUGGGACAGGGGAAGGGGAUGCCGGCCUGCCCCUCCGUGGGGGGGUUGUGGCUCGACAGCUGAUUGCGGGCUCAGCCCGUCAGCCUGCUUUCAAACUCAGCGUUUUUCGUGGGCCGGGGGGAGGUGAGUUGGCUCCACCGCCCGAGCCGGAGCCGCGGGCCCCACCCCAACCCGCCCCGCAGGAGGUGCCAGUCCCCGCGGCCCCUCCCGCGGCACCGCCUCAGCCCGGACCGGACCCGUCGCCUCCAGCGGAGUUUGUCGGCGUUCCCGUGGCAGAAGCACCGCCUCCCGGGGCUUCGCCCGAGUUGCUAGGCGACACACUCGACAGCAAUCGCCAAGAGCUCGCGACUGCGCUGCCGCUCCCGAAGCAAAGUGAGACAACAGUGCAGGCGGCACCGGUGGGCGCCGGCCCCGCGCCCCUGCCGCCCCCCGCGGCUGUCCCGCCGCCUCCCGUGUCGGCUCCGCCGGCUUUGCUGUCUGCGCCCGCGCUGCAGCUUCCGGUACCCGGAGAAGACGCGGCUGCUGUCCCCAGCCCGGCGGGGGUCGAUGCCGCGCUGCCCGCGCCGGUCGAAUCCGCGUUCGACCCUCCAGCAGAGCCCGUGAGGGCUCCGAGCGCGGCGGCUCCGCCUUUGCCUGCCACGCCAGUGGAGGAGGCUGAGGUUGAGAACCACCAAACAGAACCAUCAUUGGAGUCGCCCGUGGCCCCGCCGCUCCCCGCGGCGGCCACCGCGGCGCCUGCGAUCAGCCUGGAUUCCCCCCCGAGCUUUUCGGGCUGUCCCGAGGCUGCCCCUGCGGGGGGAGCUGGGACAGGGGAAGGGGAUGCCGGCCUGCCCCUCCGUGGGGGGGUUGUGGCUCGACAGCUGAUUGCGGGCUCAGCCCGUCAGCCUGCUUUCAAACUCAGCGUUUUUCGUGGGCCGGGGGGAGGUGAGUUGGCUCCACCGCCCGAGCCGGAGCCGCGGGCCCCACCCCAACCCGCCCCGCAGGAGGUGCCAGUCCCCGCGGCCCCUCCCGCGGCACCGCCUCAGCCCGGACCGGACCCGUCGCCUCCAGCGGAGUUUGUCGGCGUUCCCGUGGCAGAAGCACCGCCUCCCGGGGCUUCGCCCGAGUUGCUAGGCGACACACUCGACAGCAAUCGCCAAGAGCUCGCGACUGCGCUGCCGCUCCCGAAGCAAAGUGAGACAACAGUGCAGGCGGCACCGGUGGGCGCCGGCCCCGCGCCCCUGCCGCCCCCCGCGGCUGUCCCGCCGCCUCCCGUGUCGGCUCCGCCGGCUUUGCUGUCUGCGCCCGCGCUGCAGCUUCCGGUACCCGGAGAAGACGCGGCUGCUGUCCCCAGCCCGGCGGGGGUCGAUGCCGCGCUGCCCGCGCCGGUCGAAUCCGCGUUCGACCCUCCAGCAGAGCCCGUGAGGGCUCCGAGCGCGGCGGCUCCGCCUUUGCCUGCCACGCCAGUGGAGGAGGCUGAGGUUGAGAACCACCAAACAGAACCAUCAUUGGAGUCGCCCGUGGCCCCGCCGCUCCCCGCGGCGGCCACCGCGGCGCCUGCGAUCAGCCUGGAUUCCCCCCCGAGCUUUUCGGGCUGUCCCGAGGCUGCCCCUGCGGGGGGAGCUGGGACAGGGGAAGGGGAUGCCGGCCUGCCCCUCCGUGGGGGGGUUGUGGCUCGACAGCUGAUUGCGGGCUCAGCCCGUCAGCCUGCUUUCAAACUCAGCGUUUUUCGUGGGCCGGGGGGAGGUGAGUUGGCUCCACCGCCCGAGCCGGAGCCGCGGGCCCCACCCCAACCCGCCCCGCAGGAGGUGCCAGUCCCCGCGGCCCCUCCCGCGGCACCGCCUCAGCCCGGACCGGACCCGUCGCCUCCAGCGGAGUUUGUCGGCGUUCCCGUGGCAGAAGCACCGCCUCCCGGGGCUUCGCCCGAGUUGCUAGGCGACACACUCGACAGCAAUCGCCAAGAGCUCGCGACUGCGCUGCCGCUCCCGAAGCAAAGUGAGACAACAGUGCAGGCGGCACCGGUGGGCGCCGGCCCCGCGCCCCUGCCGCCCCCCGCGGCUGUCCCGCCGCCUCCCGUGUCGGCUCCGCCGGCUUUGCUGUCUGCGCCCGCGCUGCAGCUUCCGGUACCCGGAGAAGACGCGGCUGCUGUCCCCAGCCCGGCGGGGGUCGAUGCCGCGCUGCCCGCGCCGGUCGAAUCCGCGUUCGACCCUCCAGCAGAGCCCGUGAGGGCUCCGAGCGCGGCGGCUCCGCCUUUGCCUGCCACGCCAGUGGAGGAGGCUGAGGUUGAGAACCACCAAACAGAACCAUCAUUGGAGUCGCCCGUGGCCCCGCCGCUCCCCGCGGCGGCCACCGCGGCGCCUGCGAUCAGCCUGGAUUCCCCCCCGAGCUUUUCGGGCUGUCCCGAGGCUGCCCCUGCGGGGGGAGCUGGGACAGGGGAAGGGGAUGCCGGCCUGCCCCUCCGUGGGGGGGUUGUGGCUCGACAGCUGAUUGCGGGCUCAGCCCGUCAGCCUGCUUUCAAACUCAGCGUUUUUCGUGAAGAAUUUCCCUGA